ACUCAGUUUGGUAAUAGCUUCUGGUUCUGUGGUUUUGUGAUGUCUAGUGUAGGCUGAGUUAGAAGAUGAAGAUUGUCCUAUGUAAGUAACCCCACCCACCAGCCGUUGUCUCAACCGUCGUAGCGGCAGUGCCAUGGCGGCGUCCCUUUCAGCACCCUCUAAUCGGUUACCGUCAGCGUUCAACCGCCGACCGGUAACUGCUCCGGCAGCCUAUUGUGGUCCCGGAUCGGUACACAAUAGGAAGCUCUUACCAAGCGUGCACAGGGUUCUGUUAGCGAAUCAAGGAAAAGCAGUUUCCAUGGAGGUUUCACGGAGAAAAAUCGGCGUCCCCAAGAGGAAAGGUGAAGAUGCCAGAGAAAGGAUAGAGGAAAGAAACCGGAAGAUAGCCUCGCAGAAAGCGGUUUCCAUAAUUUUGAGGAGGGAGGCCAUGAAAGCAGUAAUUGAGAAGAAGAAGAAAAAGGGAAACCCUAGGAAGCUUUUGCCCAAAGAUGUUCUUGAAGCUCUUCACGAACGCGUAACCGCUUUGCGCUGGGAAUCCGCUCUUACGAUCUUUGAACUCCUUCGCGAGCAGCUAUGGUACAAGCCAAAUGCUGGUGUGUAUAUCAAACUAAUUGUUAUGCUUGGAAAAUGUAAGCAACCUGAGAAAGCUCAAUCCUUGUUUCAGAUGAUGGUCGAUGAAGGAUGUGAUGUGAAUCAAGAAGCCUAUACUGCUCUCUUGUCUGCAUAUAGCCGCAGUGGUCUGUUUGGUGAUGCCUUUUCACUCCUUGAACAGAUGAAGAGCACGCCUUAUUGUCAACCAGACGUCUUCACAUAUACCGCUCUCAUAAAAUCGUGCCUGGAAGUUAAUGACUUUGGUAAAGUAAGAGAUCUUCUUUCAGAAAUGGAAUGUGAGGGGAUCAAGCCCAAUACAGCUACAUAUAAUACCCUCAUGGACUCUUAUGGAAAAGCAAAAAGGUUCGCCGAGAUGGAAUCCGUACUUGUGGAAAUGCUUCGGAGGAGAGGCUGUAGUCCCGAUUUGUGGACGAUGAACUCUGCAUUGAGAGCAUAUGGUGGGAGUGGGCAGAUAGAAAUGAUGGAGAAAUGCUACGACAAGUUCCAAAGUUCCGGGAUCGACCCCACCAUCAAGACCUUCAACAUCCUCUUAGACUCCUAUGGCAAAACCGGGAACUACGAGAAAAUGAGUGCCGUGAUGGAAUACAUGCACAAGUACCACUUCUCAUGGACUUUGGUGACAUACAAUAUCGUGCUAGACGCGUAUGGGAGGGCCGGAGACUUGAACGGGAUGGAGCAUCUCUUCCGGCUCAUGCGGUCCGAGGGGAUCAAACCGGACCGGGUCACGCUUUGUUCUCUGGUCAGAGCCUACGGUCGAUCCGGGAAGGGCGAAAGGGUCAAAACGGUUUUGAGGUUCGCCGAGAACUCAGAUAUCGCCCUUGACGGUGCGUUUUUCAACUGCCUGGUGGGUGCUUAUGGGAUGGUGGGAUGCAUUGCUGAGAUGAGAGAUGUGGUCGGAUUUAUGGGGCGCAGAGGAUUUAAGCCUGAUAAGGUGACGUAUAGAACCAUGAUCAAGGCGUGUGCGAGCUGUGGGAUGAGUGGUGGCGUGAAGGAGCUCAAGACUCAACUUGCCUCUUUGGGAGGAGGGAGUCAAGGAGGCCGGAAAAUGAUCAAAGUAAAGGAAGUAACCACAAAUAAUUAAAAAGGAAUGGGAGUAUUUGAGUUAAGAGGGCGUUAAAGCUAAUGUGGUGCAAACAUGGCAUAAAGUGAAGGUUUGGAGUUCCUGUUAAAAGCCUGAUAUUUCCAGUGCCCUUAGCCAAUGUAGGACCUUUUUGGGUACAUCCUCAUCAGUGUUUUAUAAAAAUUGUUUAAUGAUAGUAUUUGGAUUUAGUGUUUUCAAAGUUUAUCUUUAACACUAAACAUUUAUUUAAAACCUAAAACUAAUUAAAAACGAUGCCCAAACAAGGACAUAAAUAUUUUAGUCUAAACUCCUAAAUUUGGAUGCGUCUCCGGUUAUGUGCUUGGAGCAUCCACUAUCGAGAUACCAAGAGGUACUCGAAGCCUUCAAGCACACCUACAAAAAGAUAUCAAGGAGACGGUUUAGGUACCCAUGUAUUGUUGGGUCUUUUUUGGUUAGCAUAUGUGCGAUGUGUGUGCGUAUGUUGAAAAUGCCUAAUUUUGGUGAAGCACAUAGGUGCAAUGUGACCUAUCUUAUUGCAAUAAUGGCAAAUAACGUUU